AUCCAGCAAUUGGCAUAAUAAUAAUAAUAAUAAUACUCAAUUCCAAAAGCAUAACGAUAAAUUAUCAAUAUUCAAUUUGAAUAGAAAUUUUAAGAAAUCAUCAACUAAAACAAAAUUGAAAUCUAAUACAAAUUCAUCAUCAACAACAUCAUCAACAUAUUUAGAUAAUAAACGAAUCCCAACUGCAACAACAACUGCAACAACAACAAAAUCACACAAAAUGGGCGGCGGCAAAGAUAUACGUCGCGGCCUGGAGCCAUUGGAAUUUGAGGAAUGCAUUGUCGAUAGUCCAGAAUUUCGUGAUAAUUUGAAUCGUCACGAAAAGGAAUUGGAUCACACUAGUCAUCAGAUCAAGCGCAUUAUCAAAGAGGUUAAGGAUCUUAUGAGUGCGGCAAAAGUACUGUCCACACGCAUGAAACAGUUGGCAAUUUUGCUGAAUGAUUUCAAUUUCGAGUGCAUCGGCACCGCACAGACCGACGAUGAAAAUGUCAUUUGUGAGAGUUUGAAGCGUUUUGGUGCCAUCAUUGGCACUAUUGAGGAUGAGCGCGAGAAAAUGCUAACUCUCGCCGAUAAACAUAUUAUCGAGUCACUAGAGGAUUUUCGAAAAAAACAAAUUGGCGGUGUUAAGGAGAAUAAAAAGAAGUUUGACAAGAAAACGGAAAAGUUUUGUCAAUCGCAAGAGCGUUUUCUUAAUAUGUCCACCAAAAAGCCUGAAAAUACGAUACAAGAGGCCGAUGCCAGUUUGGGCAUGCAUGAGCGCGAAUAUAUUCAGGAGUCAUUAAGCUAUGUCCUGCGCAUACAGGAAGUGCAGGAACGCAUUAAAUUCGAAUUUGUCGAAAUACUGUUGGCCUUCAUUUCCGGUUGGCUGGUCUUCUAUCACACAGCCCACGAACAGGCCGAGGAUCAUCGCGAUUAUCUGCAGGAUCUAAGGCAUAAGGUGCAAAAAACACGUGAAAACUUUGAGGAGGCACGUGAAAAAGUCACUGAACUGAAGACCAAAUAUAUGGAAAAACGCACGAAAUCGGAGGAGAUUUUCACAAAACGUGGCUAUCUAUUUUUAAUGGAAAAGAGUUCCCUUCUGAAAAUCUCACUUUUAGAGCCAUUCAAAGCAACAUGGACAAAAUACUAUUGCACAUUCAAGAAGCAGAAACGCGAAUUCACGAUGCUGCAAUUCAAUCAGAUGAAUCACAGCUUCACUCGUCCCGAGGCCCGUGAAGACGAGAAGCUAACCCUAUUCUCGUGCCAACGUCGGGCAUCAGAGUUUGAGAAACGUUUCUGUUUCGAUCUGACAUUCAAAGAGAAACCAGGUAUUGUCUAUACAUUUCAAGCUCUGAGCGAAAAGGAUCAUCGCUCUUGGCUGAGUGCCAUGGAUGGCACGGAACCGACCUAUCUGGCACCUGGAAAAAUGAAGGCGAGUGAGGCGUAUCAGUUGGAUGAGACUGGAUUUAUGUUCGUUCGCCGUUGCAUUCAGAUACUGGAGAGCCGUGGCCUAGAGGACGAAGGUAUUUAUCGUAAGAGUGGAGUGGGUACCAAAAUAAAUAAACUCCUUGCCUUGGGCAUGGAGCGCAAAGAAACGGAUGAUGUAUUUUGUGAUGAAAAGUAUCGUGAUCUCAUGGAGAGCAAUACCAUUGCCAGUGCCCUGAAAAUGUAUUUACGCAAUCUAAACGAGCCAUUGAUGACCUAUCAAUAUCACAGUGGUUUUAUCGAAGCAGCCAAGAAAGAAAGCCUCAAUCAGCGUGUGAAUGAUGUUCACAAAUUAGUCUACAAAUUGCCACAACCGAAUUUCGAGAUGCUCGACAUGGUUAUUAGGCAUUUAACUGAAGUAUCACGAAAAUAUGAAAAAAAUAAGAUGUCUGUCUUCAAUUUGGGUGUGGUUUUUGGGCCAACGCUACUGCGACCGCUGGAGGAGACAGUGGCGGCCAUUUUGGACAUUAAAUUCAAUAAUAUUGUCAUCAAUAUACUUAUUGAAAACUAUGAGAGGAUCUUUAAGAAUGAUCCAAGCAGUGGUGUGGUGGUCUCUGGCAAUUCUCUGGCCACUGGAACAACGGUGGCUACAGCUGCCAGUGUUGGUAAUGUCCAUACGAUUGGUAGUAGUCCACCUACACGUAUGCCACGAGCCUCCCAAGUCAAUAAGACAUCAUCGUCGUCGAAUGUUGUUGGAGGAGGAGUAGGAGUAGGAGGCGGAGGCGGAGGCGGCGGAAGCAUUGGACGCAAUUCAAUGUAUUCACCGCAACAGAAAGUCUAUCGUGUGGUUACCAAAUCAAAUUAUACAGAUUCCACAAUGUCAUCCAGUUUGCAAAAUAUUCCAAAUGGCAUGAUCUAUGCCCAUGGGCCGGCGAGUGCUAGCAGUAGUACUCCACCGGGUGGGACAACAGCCAGCAGCAGCAGCAAUGGCGGCGGUGGCGGUGGUGGGUCAUCAUCUUUGACCAUAUCGCCACAUGCGACAUCCAAUGGAGCGCGGCCCGCCCAAUUGGGUAGCAUCAAGAACUUGCAUUCGAUGACACAAAGCGACAUUAGCGGACGUCGUUCGGGCCCAACAUCAUCAUCCAGUUCAGAUGCGGCAGCAGCGGCUGCCGUCUAUGGCAUAUUGGGCGCCGGCGCCAGCACCAAUGGUGGAACGACGCUGCAGGCGCAUCAUGCCACACCCGCCACAGCUACCAAUAGUCUACGUCAUGCGGAUUAUCUAAUGGCCACGGCCACACCGGUUACCCAGUCCGCCUCCAGCAGUCACAUCUAUUCAAAUCCCUCUGUUGGUGGCGGCGGCACAGCCAGCAAUCGCCUAAGUUUGAACAAUGUAUCCCCGCCAACGGCUGCCAUGCGAAAAGAGCGACUUAUGGGUGGUAAUUCCGGCAAUGCAUCAAGUGCUGGCGGAGGUGGUGGUGGACCACAACAGCAUCCGCCUGUACAGCGCAGUCAUUUUGGUUAUGGCCAAGCCAAACAUUACUCUCCAGUGGCUGCUGCUUCCACAUCAAGCUCAAACGAAAGUGUCUGCGAUUCACUAUCCUCAAACAAUGGCCUUGGUGGCGGUGGCGGAAGUGGUGGAGGCAUCAUAGCUGGCGGCGGCAGUGGUGGAGGUGGUGUAGUCACUGGCAGCGUCAGCAACGCAAAUGUAGCACGUCUCCUAAAUACACGCAGCUCCAUUGACUAUGCUCCAAUUGCGACGCAAGCAUCCUCUCUAUCCACACUCUUGGGUUCCACCUGCGAUGAUAUUGUGACAGCGACUGCAGCUCCCUCAAUGAUUGGCGGCGCCGGCAUGGGCAGUCUAAGUGGCAGUGGUUCCACCAAUGAGAGCACCGACUAUGCACCCACGAAAAUGCACCGCAAUCGGGAUAUAAACCAAAUUAAACGGGAUCUGUCCACGGGCACAGCACGUGUACGAACCCUGUAUGCUUGCAUGGGCGAAAGCGAAGGCGAACUAUCUUUUGAACCCAAUCAAAUCAUAACUAAUGUGCGUUUCUCUCAUGAGCCCGGCUGGUUACAAGGCACACUGAAUGGGAAAACAGGACUUAUACCCGAGAAUUAUGUGGAGCAUUUGAAGCCUUAUCAUUAAAGUAAAUGGCGAUCUUGCCCCUCCCUCUCUCUCUCUCUCUCUCUCUGUCUGACUGUCUGUCUGUCUGUCUCUCUUCCUCUCUAUCUAUCAGCUUACCAGCUCUUUUUCAUACUUCCCUCCAACCCAUCCUUCCCUCCAACCACCACCAGCCACUGUAAAAUUAUUGUAAAAAGAUGGAAAAACAACAAAAAAUAAACAAAAAAAACUUG